UAUCGAAUGUUUAAAUUUGUUUUACGUUAAGUUUACGUUGUUGUUAAAUGCAUGAUGUAAGUUUAGUACCAAUAAUGAACUUAAGUUGUUUUUAUCUUGUUUUUUGUGUGUCGUGAAGGCAUCAAACAUACAAAUUUGUUUUUGCUGUAAAAAAACUAUUAUUGUUAGGCUUUUCCUUUAGACGUUAAACUGCAAAUUUUAACGGCUAUUUAGUUAGUUCUUCUUCAAGUUUAACAGUUCUUGUAGUUGUACUAGUAGCAUACAAAAAUCAACUCAUAAAAUAUGACAAAUAGAACUAGUAAAUGGCUAUAAAUUAUUAUACACCCUUUAAAGAAUAAUAUAAGAUUUAUAAUCAUAUAAUAUUCACAAUCAGAAUUCUAACACCACAGCAUUAAGUUUUUAAAAAUGGCGCCUUCGCUGAGUAUCGGGAAGGUGCAGACUAUGCAAUUGGAGUAUUUUCAGAAUGUUUUAGCAAAGCCACUGCCUGAAAGGUGUCGGGAAAUCCAACAUAUGAUUCAAGAAUUAUCUAUAAAGGAAUUACACUUUCUUUUCCCAUGCUUAGUAGAAAACAUUUUUGGAUUUGGAAUACAAAAUGGAUGGGAACUCUGGAAAAUCAGUCGUAACGUUCAUCGUCGUGAUUUUGAAAUUCUUCAUUUUUUUCUUUCACCAGAGGGCCACGAAGGCACAUUGUUUUGUCUCAUCUAUAAACUUCUAGAAGAUGGCCUUUGCAACUAUGUAUUUCCAGUUUGUUGUCUUCCUGCUAGAAGUUAUCACAUGCUGGAAGGAGGAGCUGUACCUCUAAUCUGUACCAACAAACUUCAGUAUUGGAGUCCAGGAACUUUGCCAACUAACUUGCUGUUAAGUAUCCUUUCUCCUGUUUGUUCUUUAAUCCGUUUCUUAACAAGGUAAUUUACCGUAAUAGUUGUAAUAAUUUGAUACUGUUUUUAGGACUGCUAGGUACAGCACUAAACUGCAGAGGUACAUAGAGUAUGCAUCAGUAUUGUUAUUAAUACUUAAGUAGCUUAUAACAAGAACUUACUGUUUACAAGAUAUUUUUACAUUUACUCUAGAGAUGUCUUUAAUUAUCUUUUUUUCUAUCAACAAGAAUUGAUGAAGAAAGUUCCAGUAUUGACUUUAUGUUGUUCCUUUUUGUUUAAUAUUACUUCCAAACUAGAACAUGUACAACAGAAAUUUAUUUGGCUAUUUAUCAAUCAAAGAGUGUAAUCUUUCUAAAGUAUCAUCAUAGAUUAAGUACAUUAAGUAUGAAAUUGGGUUAACAUUACAAGUCGUAAGGUCAUCUGGGCUCUCAACAUUCUGACAGCUGGAGAUCUUAAUUUAUGUACGUGUGUACUCAACCAGUUUCUUUCUUAAGACCAAAUUCGCACAGUUAGGGAGAAAUGAGGAGUAAGAAUGUAAAGUAUGUCAAAUCUCAAUAUAUUUGGCAAUUAUGAAGAGUAAAAAGAACUUUGUUACUUAUUUAACUAACAGCAAGAUGCAUUUGAAUUUUACUUUUUUCAUUUUGUCUACUUCAUAGUAAAUCCAUCUCAUCAAAAGG